AUGUCCUCCUCACCCCCGACCUCGAACGCGCACCCGGAGCUCCGCGCCUCGUACAGCAACGCGUCCACGACCCCGGCCACGUCCUCGGAGCCCUUCGUCCUGGCCGCCCCGCUCCCCUCCGUCCCGUCGUCAUCGUCGUCGUCGUCGCCGCCGACCGCCUACCUGGCCGCCCUGCGCUCGGCUGUCGUCGCGACCCAGCUGCAGAUCAACGAGGCCCUGACGGCGCGGAUGGAGGAGGACAAGGCGCGCGAGGCCGCGGCGGCAACCGAGGGCGGCGCAGCCGCGGCAGGGAACAGCGCCAGCAAUAAGAAGCGCCAGAAGGGCCCCGCGCCCGCGGUCGACGAGGACGCCGAGGAGGAAAACUACGGCGAGGAGGUCGUCGAGGAGGACUGA